AUGAAGCUGACGUCGGCUGCUGGCAACAGGUCGUUGGUCUUGCUGCAGUUCAAACGCGACUCGAAGACGUUUCAGUCUGACGAGAUCUCGUCCAUGGUGCUCAUCAAGAUGCGAGAGAUCGCGGGUGCUUAUAUUGGCAAGCAAGUGGAGAAUGCAGUCAUGACGGUCCCUGCAUACUUCAAUGACUAG